CUCUUUCAACCAUACAAAACGUCUGUUUACAAGUAUUACCUCUGCCUUUUGUGAUGUGGAAAUCAUAUAUAGUGAUUUGUGAUACCUACAAAUAAAAUCACCUGAUAUUUAAAAUGAUAUGAUAAUAUGACCCAUUUCAUUGGUCAGUUUUAGUGAGGUCUCAUUUCUUAAAAGGGACACUCAAUUGAUUUUAAGAUAAUCCUUUAUUGAUCCCCAAGAGAGGACAUUCGGGUGUUGCAGAACAAGGUAGAAAUAAGAAUAGAAUAGUAUUAGUUAUUUUUUUAACAGUCAAAGAUCAGCUUUCUAGCAACACUGAGUCGUUGAAAACAGUUAGUGAUUUUUUCUGUGAAAGAGUUUGUUAAAUCUUAGAAAAAACCUGAAAUCUCAGUUAGAGCUUGGAGUUUUAUGACACAGGCAUUUACCAGGCAGGGAGGGUCUAAUUAAAAGAUGCCAUUGGGAAAAUUAUGGGAAAUGUAGGAUUAAGUGUUUCCAGACCUUGACCUAGGGACUAAAAGUCAGGACAGAUCGGCCUCUGCUGCAUCAAUUUUUGUGCACAAACACUUUCAGUGUUUCAUUUCCUACUUCUAAAGAGAUCCCCUUUUUUUUUUUUUUAACUCUCUUUUGAGUAUAUAAAAGGUGUCACAUCCAACAACAUAUCCAUCCCAUCACGCAAGAGGAUCCAGUUUAACAGAAAUGACGGACUCUUUAAAUUACAGCGAAUAUGACUAUUCUGAUGAAGUCUGUGAAAAGGGAGCGGUGGUCAAAUUUGGAUCCAUUGUCAUUCCUGUCUUCUUCUCUCUUGUGAUCACACUAAGCCUCAUCGGAAACAUCCUCGUCCUUGUAAUCCUGGCUUUGUUUGAAAACCUCAAGUCUCUCACCAACGUUUUCAUCCUAAACCUGGCCAUUUCUGACCUUGUUUUCACCACCGGUCUUCCCUUCUGGGCCCAUUACCAUAUCUGGGGAUGGAUGUUUUCAGAGACCCUCUGCAAAAUUGUGACUUUUGUUUUCUUCACUGGGUUUUACAGCAGCGUCCUCUUCCUGACCGUCAUGACCAUCUACAGGUAUCUGGCGGUGGUGCAGCCUCUCCCUGACAUGAGCACUCAGAAACUCAGCUCCGGGGUUUUCGUCUCUGUCCUACUGUGGAUGAUCAGCAUUGGAGCAGCCAUGCCCUCCCUGCUCUACAGCUCCCUCGUCGUAAUCCACCACAAGGAUGAACACUCCCAAGGCUGCGAAUAUGAUGCUACCCUGUGGAAAAACAUUAGUAUCUCCCAACAGAAUCUUUUCUUCUUGGUUGCUUUUGCAGUGAUGGCUUUCUGCUACAUUCAAAUACUUAGGAAAAUCACAAAAUCAAGAUCUCACACGAAGAACAGAGCAGUUAAGCUAGUCUUCUGUAUUGUGGCUGUGUUCUUCAUCGGCUGGGUGCCGUACAAUGUUGUCAUCUUUCUGAAGAUCUUGGAUGACCAUUUGGUUCCACCAUUUCAUAACUGCGAAGCAAGUAUCCAGCUCGACUAUGCAUUCUAUAUGUGCCGGCUCAUUGCUUUCUCCCACUGCUGCCUGAACCCUGUCUUUUAUGCAUUUGUUGGCGUGAAGUUUAGGAGGCAUUUGAAGUCAAUGCUGCAUCGACUGUUCAUUUGCCAAAUGCCAGUCGAAGAACAGCAUGUUAGAGUGCAAAACUUCUCACGUGGGUCAUUGUACUAGUUGCUGUUGAGGUACAUCAUUUUCUUGCAUUCAAUUCUUCACUUCUGAUUUAAAACAUGACAAUGUCCAGUGUGUAUUUAGUAAAAUCUGUUUAAUCUCAGCAUAAGUAUAGGAACUGGUUUUAGAUUUGCCGUUUGUAGCAAGCUGCGUUCAGUAUUCAAAUCUGACUUUUGCUGUUUUUCUACAGCGUGCAAGUGCCUGUGUUUGUCAUAAUAUGUAGUUUGUACGGGAUCAAUUGUUAUUUGCUGGCACUUUAAAAGGAGGUCAUGUUUUUCAUGGGCUUGUACAAAACGUAUUAAUUAGUCGCAGUGGAUGUGGAGCCAUUAUAGCAAAUAUGUUCAUAUGAUUUAUGAUGAUGUCCAUUUAAGAUUACUUUUGUGAUGGUGAGUUCUCACUCAAAUUACUGUAAUUAUGACUUAUUCUGUAAAUGUAAUACAGUGUGUUUAAUACAGUACAGUUUUUUAAAUAUUUUUUUUAAUUAUGAAAGGAGUUUGCUAGUAAGCCCAUUGUUGUGAUGCUUGCAAGAUGUUAAAAUAGUCUGCUCUCAUUUGAGUCUAUUCAAUUUUCAAUAUUCAGGUGGCUUACAGGUGGAUUAGUGUAGAAUAGAACUUGAAGGAUAAUAAUGUCAACCAUCGCAAAAAAAUUAAGCCAUUUAAUGGUCCCAGUCAGUGAAAAGCUUUGUAAAAUAUUUGCAUUUCUUGGUCCCUCUGUGCAUUAAAAACCACAAUAACUUUUUUAAACUGACAUGUUUUUUCAUUAUGAGCCUUUAUCAAAUGUUGACUGAUGGUAAAAAUGCAUCUCUACCAAAUUAAAUGUCCAUUAACUUCAAAUGAGUAUUUAAAACAAUCUGCAUAGAUUUGCAUCUAUUAAAGAUAAAUGAAAGACU